GCUGUGGGCAGGGAGGCCCGAGCCCUCCACUGUUCCGCGGUGGUGGCGCAGGCGGUGGCCUCCGACCUCUCGGAGGACCCGGAGGACAUGGACGAGAACCUGAAGGAGACGGCGAGGCUCACCACUGCGAGCAUGCCUCCCGACCAUCCGUUGGCUUCCUUGGUGCGGCAGAACUUGGGCGCGAAGUCAGACCCCCGCUCCACCAAGCGCGCAUUGAGGGAGGUGACGAAGAAGACGGUGUCCAACAUGCCCCUUACGCCCCCUGCCACUGCAGGUGAGGAGCGCAAGGAGAAGCCGCCCUCCAAGGAGUCGGUGCCCGAGACACCGCCCAACUCUCGGAAACGUCUUGAGGACUCCCUGUCCAAGAAGCGCGGGCCUGAGGACAAGGACGUCUUCAAGCAGUACCUCCGGGACCGCGAGAUGGCGCGGGUGGCCCACUUACUGGCACUCAGCGGCCUGUCUGCAGUUGGGUCCAAAUAA